GAGCUUGGGUGAGCGGCGGGUCAGGCUUUCAUCUUUUCAUUUAGAAUCAUUGUUGUAGCGCUCUGGGGUAGCGGGUAUCUGUUUGCUCGCUCCGUCGUGUAUGAAACGAGAGUUUCCUCCUAUACCUCUUACUCUGACCUUUCGGGUUGUGGUGAGAGGCGUAAUCGAUGAUGUAUAGAUGUGUUGAAAUGUUCAUCUUUCAUCGGGGAUAGCUUCAUUUUUUCUUUCGCGUUCAAAUUCUUUUGUACUAUUCAGCGCUGGUGGUAGUUAGUAAGCAAUUAGGUUUUCUGCGACGAAAAACAUACAAAGCAUCAGGAAAGUAAUAUUGCAAUAAUAUUUUUGUCUCAGCCGGUUAGAAAAUAAGUUGAAUGCCUUUGGCUGUUUGGAGCUAUUUUGUGGUAGGAAAUAUCAGUAUCUUCUGAGAUUUGUGUUGGUAUGAAGAAUGAAAUAGGCGUAUGCGUGGAUAACAAUUAAACACAGUUGAACAGUGCAAAACGUGUGGAUCAGUUAUAUGAAAUAUUUGCGAAAGACACGGCGUGUGAUGAUCAACGAGUUUAACUAAACAGCAAUAGCGUAAAAGAGUUCUGUAGAAGUUGUACCCUAAAGCGCGCAUUAGAUUAAACCAAAGAAUAUACUUAGAAAGUACUGAAUUCCAUUCAAAUAAUAAUAAUCAUACGUGGAAUAAGUGCACACGCAAAGUGAAAAAAAAUGAUUGAAAGUAGUGAAUAUAAGAGAGCAAUAUUCACUUAGUUUCUUUGAUAGUUCAUUUUGGAAUUUAUUUUAUCAAAAUUAUUUAUUUUCAUAGUUAGCAAAUAUAAGAAAAAUAUUAUAAGACAUCGACAAUGGACGGCGUGUUAGCGGGAAGAACGCAUCAGUAUCUCCGCACGGAGUACAUACAGCCCCCACCAGGACCUCCCUCGCUUGAUGCCAAGAAAAGUCCCCUCGCUCUACUUGCGCAAACCUGCAGUGCUAUUGGCAAGGAAGGGCCUAACAAAAGCCUAUCAAACGAAAAGAGUUCUGCAAGCUUGGAUAAUUCGCAAGUUCCACUGAAAUCGCCAUCUUCUAACACUGGAAAGAGUGCGACACCAUACAGCAAAACAUCAAAGAAUCGUUCAUCGGCAUACGAGCCGGAAAACACACACUGUGCGGUGCCAACACGGAAAUUGUCCGCCCCGGUUUUUUCGAAAAGUUCUCUUACUGGUCUCCCCGAACCGCGACGCACUUCACCGAACAUUUUGAGCGAAGAAACCCCUACACGGAGGACUUUAGCAAGUACGCCAAUGGGCGUGUCAGAUGGAUCGUCUCCUGAGUUAUCCGAUGCGAAGCCGAACAAAGAAAAACCGUCAUUUAAUAGCCGGUAUUCUCCCACGACUUUGAACUCAGGUGACAGCAUAAAAUCGCAUGAACGUUCGUCCUCGUCCACUGGCCCGACACACACAAAAUUGCGAGUUUGUUCGGGCGAUAAUGAAGUUCGACGAGGAUCUUCCGCAGGCAAUCUCAACACAAGUCCAAUUCCAAACUCCCAUAGUCACAAAAAAUGUGGUUGUACAACAACACAUCCUUACUCAUGCGGCGGUCACUCUGAUGCUUCUCUCGAUGUUAACAAAUCAUUCAAACAUAGUGGUAUUUAUCCGUACCUCCCAGCAGGUUGUGACAAAUUUUGUGUUGGGUGUCAAUAUAAUCAUCUUCCUGGGGCCUGCGAUAUCGCCAGAAUAAAAGAAACAGAUCCAUACUAUUCAUUGUAUCCAUUAGACAGCAUGCAGUCUCUCGGAUUGCAAACAGCUUUCUCAUCCCCUUACAAUCGAUUGCAAUCCCAACUUCUAGCAGCCGCAAUGGCAUCUAGAAAUGAAUAUUUAUCAACUGCUGAAUCAAAUCCUCCCGUUCACGUUUGCAAAUGGGUAACCGCAACAGAAGGACAUUGUGGAAAAACUUUUCACACUCGUGAAGGACUCGUUGAGCAUUUAAGUACUCAUGCACUUCCCACCUCAUCGGGAGUGAAUAAUUUUGCAAUGCCAAAUUUUCCUUCCAACAACAUAUCCACGUACUUUAACGGAUCAGCUUUUUCGAUGGCUGGUUCCAAUCCACCCGGUUUCAAUCUACCCAAUAAUUUAACACACGUUGCUCUAGCUAAUGAACGCCUAUUACAAUCUAGUCGAAGGCGCUGUAAUUCGCUACAUAGGUAUAACCCGUACAAAAAUCCUUUUUCCAAUUCAUUAAAUCCGUAUGUUCCUGUAUUUCCUCCAAGCGUAACUGGUUCUCCAGCUUUAUACAGUUCACCAUAUGCAUAUUGCGGGCAGCCGGUUGGUGCUGCUACAGGAGGAUACAUAUUUCCAUAAAUAUAAUGAAAAAAUAGAACGAGAAAUCACAAUUUUAUAGCGCUCUAUCAUGCCUGAUCAUUAAGGCAGGAUAUUCAUUAUCUUCCAAUAGUUUCUAGGCCAAAGUUGUCAAUCCGGAUCAUUUUGAGGUAGAAUAUGACACCAACUUCUUAUUUUUUCAACAUUUCUUUAUUUUUUCAUUUUAUUUCGAGACUUAUUCAGUUCCACUGCUUUAAAAACGAACGUGUGCUUUAUUAUUUUAUUUUAGUUGUUUUGUUUUAAACUCACAACCUGGCGUUCUGAGUUUUAAUUGGGUGAUAUUUAUUCUUGAGCAAAAGGAUUUUCAAUGAACGCAUUAUUAGCAAAAAUUGAUUUUGGUAUAAAUUUGGUGAAUAAACUGAGACAAUGGUGGAGAUAUUUGCUAAUAAUUUGUUCAUUGGCGGAAAGGUUUACUAUUAUUUUUUUUCGUCAAAAUACUUUAAAAUUGAAAGAAAAUUAAAAUUAUUGUUAUACUAAUGAAUACUUAAAGCAGUA